AUGGAAUAGAUGCGAAGAAAGUUGAAAUUCAAAGAAAAAGAAAAAAGGAAAGAGAUGAAGGAAAUCUAGAGACAAGAAUAUAUGAGUAAACCAGUGAUAGAUCCCUUGCUCAAUCAUGAUUUUGGCACAAUUAACCAACUUAAGAUGUCUCAAGCUAAUUAGUUCCUGGGAGGGAAUCAAAAACCUUAGAUACAGCAAUCAUAUGCUGGAGCUAAAUCAGGAGUUAUGAGUUCUUUGAUGCCCAAUCAAUAUGCAAAUAAUAAUUAGAUUUACUAUCAGCAAUCCUAAAGCAGCAAUACAAAUUAAUAGUAGGAAUCCCAGGAUUAUAAUUAGUCAGAAUAGCAGGAAAGUACUGGAACAACGUGGGAAGAAAUUUAGAAUAACUAUUUUAGAACGCUUUAGGGUCUAGAAGUAUAGUAUAAUUAAGAUUAGUAUCAGCAAGAGUUGCAUUAACCUAGGUAAAAAUUAUAGCCUUAUUAGAUGAAAUCUAAUUAAGAUGCUGCAGAAAUUUAGAGUAGACCUAUAAUUUACAAAUAAAACCUUCAAAAAAUUUAAUAAAUUGAGGGAUAACCAGUUUAGACUAAAAACGGAUAGAUUAACUAAAAUUAAAGUUCAUUAGAGGAGGCUAAGUAGUAGGUAUAAUAACAAAAUUAGAAUUAGCAGCAAAGGUAAAAGCCUAAAAAGAAACAAGAUACACUUGAUGAUCCACUAGAUCCGAGUCAUGGUGAUAAAAACUUUAGAGAUUAAUAGUAGAAAGAAAAAAAUCAGCUAAAAGAUUCAUAACAAUAGCAAACUGAAAUGCAAUAGACUAAUACGACUCCAUUGUAGUAAUAGACAAAUUAGUUUAAAGGUGUUAGUGCUGAUAUAAAAAAGGCAUUGGGUUUGGACUUACCAUAAUUUCAACCUAAAACUGAACUAAUAUAGGAAGAAAGAGAAGUCAAGGAGAUUGAGAAAACUACUAAGCCUGAUGAAAAAAGUAUUGUACCAUAAAAAAGAUUCAUUCCUGCCGCAUUAAGAAAGUAAAUGAAUCAAGGAAGCAUUCUAUAGCCAAAGUAUCAACAAAAAUAGGAAUUAAUAUUACCAUAGACUCUACCACAAUAAUAACAAUUAGAUGAAAGCAAAAAUAAAUCAACCUCUGAUACAGCACCUGCUACAAAAAAUAUGCCAGAUUAAUAACAAAUAUAAGUUAAUACAAUUUAAAACAACAAAAAUGCACUCUCAUUAUUGCAAGGGUAUGGAUCUUCUUCCUCAGAUAGUGAGGAUGAUAACUAGCAAUAUAAUACUUUUAAAUAAUCUUAUAAGCCAUCAUUACCUCCUGCAAGGUAAAUGCCAUAAAAUGAUUUUGCUCUGCCAGGAUUAGAUUUAAUGUUUGGAACGAUUUUGUCAAAAGAUGAAAUAGUACAAGUUAACAAUGAACCUAAAAAGGAUGAAAAAGAUUUGAAUGAUGAGCUAUUGAAAUUUAUGAACGAGAUUAAUUAAUGA